GUGUCGCAGCUCUUUUUGCGAAGCAAGCAGCGUUGCUGCUUAACAUUCUGGGCUGCACCAUGUGCUCCAACAUUGCAUUCACAAUGCCUGUCGCUUGCUACUGGCAGCUUUCGAGGCAGUCGCGCAGACUGCCGUGGUAUGAGAAGGCUUGCUUGGCAUUUCUGUUCUUUAUGGGCGUUUCCCUCUCCAUCGUCGGUGUCUUUAGCUUUGCCCGAGCUCAAAGUUUACAUCCAGCUUGA